GGGCCCCUGGAGGCGCCCGCGGAGCCGGACCACCACGGCCACGGCCCCAGGGAGGAGGACGAGCCCAAGUUGGCGCCCGGACCGCAGGUGGCCCACCUCAACCCUCAGAUCUCUGGGUUUGGUGAAUCCUGCUGAGAGUGAGCAGAAGUAGCAGGAUUCCGCAAAGCUUCCAGCUUGCCUCCUGAAAGAAGGUCACUUUCUUUUCAGCAAAGGAGAUAAUGGGAGGUACCCUGCCAGUGUUCACUGAGAGCCCGGGGUGGCAUGAGCCACAGUUGCUCUGGGAGGGUUGUGGCACCUGGGGCUGGGUGGCUCGCCCUAAGCUUGCUCUGACAAAAGAGUUUUGAGUUGGUCUUUUGGCUGAGCCUGCCAAGGAAGGCAGGCUCCUGCAGGAGUCUUGGAGGGUCGGAUGCAGCGCCGGAUGAGGAUGAGGCGUGGCGGAAGAUGCGUUUGGCUCUGCAGACACUGCGUCGGGCAGCAGGGGACUCUGGGAGGCUGGUGCAGCCAGAAGGCAUGGCUCUUGACAGCCUUCUAGUAGAAUCUCUGGAAUUGUGCAUGAUGAGGAUGAUACCCUUAUUCCUUUGCUUAGGCUUCUGCAAACAUCUGGUACCUAGUGGUGGGUUCCCCCCACCUCCACCCAGUCUGUGCAGACUUGCUGCCUGCUCUGUCAUCGGGAACGCAAAGGCUGGGAAGAAGGCCCUUCCCAAAAUGGACUGGUGUUGCAGGGUGAGAAGCUGCCCCCUGACUUCAUGCCAAAGCUCGUCAAGAAUCUCCUAGGCGAGAUGCCUCUAUGGGUCUGCCAGAGUUGCCGAAAGAGCAUGGAGGAAGAUGAAAGGCAGACAGGUCGAGAACAUGCAGUGGCGAUCUCCUUGUCACACACAUCCUGCAAAUCACAGUCUUGUGGGGGUGACUCUCAUUCCUCUUCGUCCUCCUCUUCAUCGUCCUCGUCCUCCUCCUCCUGCCAUGGGAACUCAGGGGACUGGGAUCCCAGCUCCUUCCUGUCAGCACAUAAGCUCUCAGGCCUCUGGAACUCUCCGCACUCCAGUGGGGCCGUGCCAGGUAGCUCACUCGGGAGUCCUCCUACCAUCCCUGGUGAGGGUUUCUCUCUCUCGGAGCACCACCGGCACUCAGACCUCACUGCUCCACCUAACAGCCCCACUGGCCACCACCCCCAGCCCGUGUCGCCGAUCCCAUCUCACCCUGGAUCUUUUGGCUCACCACCCCACCCUCACCUGCCGCCUGCUACCCCAGCAGCGCCUUUCCCUGCCCAAGCUUCAGAAUGCCCUGUUGCCACUGCUGCCGCCCCACACAGCCCAGGGGCAUGUCAGACUCCCCACCUGCCCUCCACCAGCAUGCCGCUCCUGAAGAUGCCUCCACCGUUCUCGGGGUGCAGCCACCCCUGCGGUGGGCACUGCGGUGGGCACUGCGGUGGGCCUCUCCUCCCACCUCCCAGCUCUCAGCAGCUCCCUAGCACUCACAGCAGAGACCCUGGGUGCAAAGGGCACAAGUUUACACACAGUGGCCUGGCCUGCCAGCUGCCCCAGCCCUGCGAGGCAGAUGAGGGCCUGGGUGAGGAAGAGGACAGCAGCUCAGAGCGCAGCUCCUGCACCUCCUCCUCCACUCACCAGCGAGAUGGAAAGUUCUGUGACUGCUGCUACUGUGAGUUCUUCGGCCACAAUGCGCCACCCGCUGCCCCGACGAGUCGGAAUUAUACAGAGAUCCGAGAGAAGCUCCGCUCGAGGCUGACCAGGCGGAAAGAGGAGCUGCCCGUGAAGGGGGGCACCCUGGGCGGGAUCCCUGGGGAGCCCGCCGUGGACCACCGAGAUGUGGAUGAGCUGCUGGAAUUCAUCAACAGCACGGAGCCCAAAGCCCCCAACAGCGCCAGGGCCGCCAAGCGGGCCCGGCACAAGCUGAAAAAGAAGGAAAAGGAGAAGGCCCACUUGGCAGCAGAAGCUCUAAAGCAGGUGAACCGUAGUGUUUCUGGAAGCCGGGAGCCAAGGCCUGCAAGGGAGAGGCUCUUGGAGUGGCCUGACCAGGAGCUGGAUCGAGUCAAUAGCUUCCUGAGCAGCCGUCUGCAAGAGAUCAAGAACACUGUCAAGGACUCUAUCCGUGCCAGCUUCAGUGUAUGUGAGCUCAACAUGGACAGCAAUGGAUUCUCUAAGGAGGGUGCUGCUGAGCCAGAGCCCCAGAGCCUAUCCCCCUCAAACCUCAAUGGCUCCUCAGAGCAACGGCCUGACAUUAAUCUUGACCUGUCCCCUUUGACUUUGGGCUCCUCUCAGAACCAUACGUUACGAAUUUCAGGUGAGCCAGCCCCACCAUGGACAGAAAUGAGAGGCUCCCACCCACCAUGGACAGAGGUGAGGGGGCCCCCUCCUGGUAUCAUCCCUGAGAAUGGGCUAGUGAGGAGACUCAAUGCUGUGCCCAACCUGUCCCGGGUGAUCUGGGUCAAGACACCCAAGCCAGGCAACCCUAGCCCUGAGGAGCCAAGCCCAAAGGAGGUUCCCAGUUGCAAGCAGGAGCUGCCUGAGCCUGUGGCCUCAGCUGGGAAGCCGCGGAAGGGCAAGAGACAGGGAAGUCAGGCCAAGAAGAACGAGACGAGCCCAGCCCCACGGUCCCCUGCCAAGGUUCCCAAUGCCAAGGGCCAGACCCCCAGCUCCAAGCAGCCAGGCAAGGCCACAGAGCCUCCCAGAGUGGGCAGCUGCGCUGAGGCUGGAGAAGGGAACCGAGGAAGUCAGCCAGGACCAGGCUGGGCUGCCAGCCCCAAAGCUGACGAGAAGGGCAGCUCCUGGCGAAACUGGCCAGGUGAGGCCAAAGCACGGCCUCUGGAGCAGGAGUCUGUGCAGCCCCCAGGCCCAGCAAGGCCACAGAGCUUGCCACAGGGCAAGGGUCGCAGCCGACGGAGCCGCAACAAGCAGGAGAAGACAGCUGCCUCCUUGGACGAUGUGUUCCUGCCCAAGGACAUGGAUGGGGUGGAGAUGGAUGAGACUGACCGGGAGGUGGAGUACUUCAAGAGGUUCUGUUUGGAUUCUGCAAAGCAAACUCGUCAGAAAGUUGCUGUGAACUGGACCAACUUCAGCCUCAAGAAAACCACUCCCAGCACAGUUCAGUGAGCCCCUGCCGGGUCAAGCUUCUUCAGGGUAUCCUGAGACCCCCAACUGCCAGCUGAAGGUCUACAGUUUCUUCCUCCACAUCCCUACCCACCUGCCCAAGAUCCUCCCUGCUCCUCGCCAUCCUGGACCAACCAAAAGUUGAAUGGAUGCUGUGCCGUGCUGGGGCCCCUCAGGACCUCCGCAGAGCCGCUUCCUGGUGCUAUGCAGCCUCCUCACUCAGAGUCCGGGGGCUGGACUGGCCUGUGGGCUGGGGGCUGAUGGUACUGCUGGCCCAACACUGCUCUCUUUGUGUUUGGUUUUGUUUUUUGUUCUUGAUUUUCAAUUCUUUACUUUUGAUACUGUGAAGAUCUUUCCUGCCGAAAGAUAAAGCAACAUUUGGACACAGA